AAGAAUACAAAAGACAAAGUCAAGUAUGUGCAAAAUCUGUGAAAAGGCAUGGCGGAAGUACGCUUGGCUGCACAUGUUGGCAGCGCACACACCGACACGGCCUGCCUGCAUAUAAACACUGGCUGAGAUUAAAAACAGCAGGGCUGCGCCACAGUUGAAGCUGAAACGCAGAGAAGACACAGUCAUGUUGCUGGUGACGAGAGUGUUUCUACUGCUGGGUUUCGCCUCAGUGCUUCCCGCCGCCGGCAAAAAACGCUUGGUCCCUCUGCAGCUGGGGCAGGACAUCAGUCCGAGGGGAAAAACUGUGAAGCUGGUUCUGGAUCCCUCCGUCAACUCUUACCUCUCCUUCAGAUCUGCGUCAAACGUCGCCGACUUGUCUCUGUCGCCGUGGACAUACAUAGAUUCUUUCAACUCCUCCCGUUUACCCGAAAGGAUCUCGCAGGCCAACUGCAGCACAUCUGGUUGUCUGAACAUCCACGGGGGAGGGGAGGAUUUAACUCUGGAGGCCAAGCCCAUCAAAUAUCAGGUUCUGGUUCUGUACAGAAGCCGAAAGGAGAGAAAGAACAAGAAAGCGGGGAAGAAGGCCAAGAAGAAGUAUGUCUUUUUGCUGGGGACUGAAGAGAUCACAGUCGGCUGUACUUGUGUGAGACCCAGUGUGGUACCCCAACAGUAACAACAAGGCAUCCACCAAAUGCUCUGGGUACAGAUGUCAUUCCUGGCAUUUGUUGGGUGUACAUUUUUAGCUGACACAGGUGCAGUUGAGAAGGGAUAUUUACAUUCACUGCAUAAAAAGUAGAACAAUGAAUCAAUUAGACUAUACUUUUGCUAUUUUAGAUAAUUUUUGAUUGAUUUUUUUUCUAUCUGCUAAAUGCCAGAAUAAUGAGAAUUUUUUUACACCCAUUUCUUACCAAAACAUAAAGAUGAAUCAGGCUUGUUGAGGUUCACAGCUGUUUUUUGUGAUUCCUGAACCCUUUAUAUAAAAAAAAAAAAAAAAAAAAAAA